AUUGCUUAUAAAGUGUGAAAUAGUUUCUAUUGUUAAACAAUUUAUAAACCAUUUAUCUAAUCUUGUUUAAAGAAAUGAAAAUUGGUAAAAAAAGUUUCGAAAGAAUUAUCUUUGAAAGAGUUUAACGUGUUAUUUUCAACACCCCAAAACACUUGAAGUUUUGUUUUGCUGCACCAGCAUGUUUUGGCACGCACGACAGCAAAAACCGUCAACAAGCAAUGACAACAAUACUCACACACACACACGUUCUCAAACAUUUGUGACAAACUGUCAAAACUGACAAGUAAUGUUCAUAUCAAUUUAAUACUUGCCGCAAAAACAAUUCCCCAUAUAACAACAACUACAAUAAAAACCAAAUCCUAUUUGACAAGUGCAAACGACAACAACAACAACAACAACACCAACUAAAAGAAAAACGUCAAAAUAAAAAAACAAGGAAAACAAAAUCCCUUCAAAAAAAGAAAAAAAAAGAUACUCAUCACUUCAUACCAAGUUGGUUUAACGCAUGCGACUUAAAAAAUUCAACUCAUACCAACAACAACAACAAUAACAACAACUGAAUUAUAAUUGAUGUGCAAUAAAUUUUAAAAAUCAAAAGUUUUCCUAUUAAAAAAGACUGGCUAACACUAUCUGCCCAAUCCAUGAAUAUACUUUAGAGAAUGAUUCAACAAGUCUAUGGGAACGCGGGUUGAUACUUAAAGCUCUUUUACAUAAAAAAGUACUCGAGAGUAUUUAAGUAAAUGGCCCAAAACAAUUAAAAGCAAAAAAACAAUUAAAAAUACGUUUCACAGAGUGAAGGAGAGAGCGAGAGGAAGGAACCAGUAGAAAUUGUAAAAUAGAAAAAAAGCCAACAAAUGUCAAGGCACAACAUAUACGGACACAAAAUUACAACAAGAAUAACAAUAAUAACAACAAUAACAAAAGUCGAGGUAGAAAGUCCCUAACAAACAAGGAAGAAACAAAUUUAAAAUACUACAACAGAGAAACUGUAAUAAAGAAAAAUCAUAAAAAGAAGGGACAACAAUAACAAGACAUUAAAAAAGGGACACAUAAUCAAGCCAAAGGCAUAAAAGCACAAAAACAACAAUAAAUUACAAAAAUAAAAGAGAAAAGGAAACACAAACACUUACAUAUCGCAAUUUAGAGAUAAACUAGAUAAACGGAAAGGGAGAGAGAGAAAGAAGCGAGAGCAAAAGAAACUCCUUAAAACGGAAAAAGGAAACAGUUUUAUACAUUGUGUAAUAACAAAACAUAUAUACAACAAUAACAAUGGAAUUGCUUUUAAAGCUUUAAGAGAGAGAAAGAAAAAAACAAAUUAUUAUUGUGUUAAAUAAAAUUUUAACAAAACAGGAAAACAUUACACACUCAUACUGCUACUUAAACACACCCUAACAUAUCCUGCUUCCUGUUUAAGUUGAAUAAAAAAAAGAAAAAACUAAACAAAACAAUAAAAGCUGCCAACUGCAAUUAAAAGUCCUAACAACACACACACACAACGACAUGUCACAAAAUAGUUCCAGCUAGAAAAAUAUUUUUAAAACAAGACAAACUUUCGCCUAAACUUUUUCUCUACAAAACCAAAACUUUUCUAAUCCUUUCACACAACACUCUUCCAACAUACAACAAAAACUCUAAACAAGAUGGCUUUCAUAUGGCGUCGUCGCUCCACUUCAAUAGUGAAAAUUAUUGCUGUUUUGACAGCCAUUUGGUUCUUUGUUGCCUUCUUCAUCUAUACCGAUGAUACAAGACGCGAAACCGCCAGCAAUAAAUGGAGUGCCAUGUCUCAGCAGCUAAAAAGUUUAGCCGGUGCCGGUUCUGGUAAUGCUAACAAUCAAAUCGAUAAUUUUGAGCGUGACGGUGCCGGAAUAUUUGAGGCAGGUGGUGGUUUUGGUGUUGGUAAUAAUGUGGUCUUAGAACGCAACAAUAAUGCUCAGCAUGGUGGAGGUGGUAAUGAAAUCGAUGAUGAUGAUGGUGGCGAAGGGGUGGCUGCCGAUGUUCCUAUUGCUCAACCUGAUGAACCAAAUAAUGCUGGUGAUGGUGGAGAUGCUGGGGAUAUUGAUGACAAUGCUGACAUCAAUGAAGGUGAUGAAUCGAUAUUGAAUAAUGUUGUUGUACAUCCCAACGAUAAGUAUCGUGGUAAAAAGGGCAGCAGUAAUGAGAAAUCACAUCAGGCGGUCGAUGAUGGUAAAAGUGUUUUAGCAGCCCCCUCACCACCUAAAGAUGCGCCCGGUGAAAUGGGUAAACCGGUGAACUUACCAACCAAUAUGACUUCCGAAAUGAAAAAAGCCGUCGAUGAUGGUUGGCAAAAGAAUGCAUUUAAUCAAUAUGCUUCCGAUAUGAUUUCAGUGCACAGAACUCUACCAGAUCCCAGAGAUGCUUGGUGUAAAGAACCAGGACGUUAUCUUAAGGAUCUACCAGCCACUGAUGUAAUUAUUUGUUUCCACAAUGAGGCGUGGUCCGUGCUAUUGCGUACCGUGCAUUCCGUUUUUGAUCGUUCACCCGAACAUUUAAUCGGCAAUGUAAUAUUGGUAGAUGACUUCUCCGAUAUGCCUCAUACGAAAAAACAAUUGGAAGACUAUUUUGCUGCCAAUCCAAAGGUUAAAAUUUUACGUGCACCAAAGCGUGAAGGUUUAAUACGCGCCAGACUACUCGGUGCACGUCAUGCCACAUCGCCAGUAUUAACAUAUUUAGAUUCUCACUGCGAAUGCACUGAAGGCUGGCUAGAACCAUUAUUGGAUCGUAUCGCUAGAAAUUCUACCACAGUUGUCUGUCCCGUUAUAGAUGUUAUCGAUGAUACAACACUCGAAUAUCAUUAUCGUGAUUCGGGUGGUGUUAAUGUUGGUGGUUUCGAUUGGAAUUUACAAUUCAAUUGGCAUGCAGUGCCCGAUAGAGAAAAGAAACGUCAUAAGAAUUCUGCCGAACCUGUCUACUCACCCACCAUGGCCGGUGGCUUAUUUUCCAUAGAUCGUGAAUUCUUCGAAUUAUUGGGUACUUAUGAUUCCGGUUUCGAUAUUUGGGGUGGUGAGAAUCUAGAGCUGUCAUUUAAGACUUGGAUGUGCGGUGGUACUUUGGAAAUUGUGCCAUGUUCCCAUGUGGGUCAUAUCUUUAGAAAGAGAUCACCGUAUAAGUGGCGCACAGGCGUUAAUGUACUUAAAAAGAAUUCUGUACGCUUGGCUGAGGUUUGGUUAGAUGACUAUUCUAAAUAUUAUUAUCAACGCAUUGGUAACGAUAAAGGUGAUUUUGGUGAUGUUAGUGCACGUAAAAAAUUGCGUGAACGUUUGGGUUGCAAAAGUUUCAAAUGGUAUUUAGACAAUGUCUAUCCUGAACUGUUUAUACCCGGAGAAUCUGUAGCCUAUGGUGAGAUAAGAAAUUUAGGUGCUGGCGGUCGCACAUGUUUGGAUUCACCGGCACGUAAAAAAGUUGAAAAGAAGGUGGGCUUGUAUCCCUGUCACAAUCAAGGUGGAAAUCAGUACUGGAUGCUGAGUAAAGCUGGUGAAAUACGCAGAGAUGAGGCUUGUCUCGAUUAUGCAGGACAUGAUGUUAUGCUCUAUCCUUGCCAUGGUUCUAAAGGAAAUCAGUUCUGGACUUAUAAUAGUGAGACCAAACAAAUACGUCAUGGCUCUUCCGACAAAUGUUUGGCGAUUAGUGAAAAACGUGAUAAGGUAUUGAUGGAGGAAUGCAAUCGCAAUCAUUUGCGACAACAUUGGCGUCUGGAAAACUACGAUCCUUCGAAAUUGUGAGGUUAUUUUUUUGGGAAUGGUACCCAAUUUAUACCAACCUCACUGUCGUCAUACAAACAUUGGAAAUAGCAAAGAAUAGUAAAAAAUUAUGAAAAUUAGAAUUUAAAUAAAUUUUGAAAGAAUGAAGGAAAGAAAGAUAAUUAGUUGUUAAAGAAAACGAAAAAAAAACUUUAAAAAUGUGCAAUAUUUUUAACAAAAAAAUAGAAAUUGAAAGAGAAAAGAGAAAAAACAUUAUAAAUGACUGUUGUAAAUUAAGACAUACAAAAGUUUAAGCACAAAAUCUUUUUUUAUUUCUAAACAUUUAAAUAAACAUAAUUUGUUAAUUUAGCUGGUAAUUAAUUGUAAAAUUAAGUUAAAUAUUUAAUAAUUUUUAAAAUUAUCAAAAAAAAUUAAUGACAUAUUUAAAUAGUUUUACUAUAUACAUAUAAUAACUACUUACUACAUAUUCAUAUAGUUUUUAGUUGAAUUUUAUCAACGAAAGCUUGAAAUCUUGCACAAAUUUUAGUCUACUUUUAGGCUGUUUUCUAUUUUAAAUUAAAUUGCCUAGUUUUGUAUUGUUUUAAAGGAAAGUCACGCAUGAAAGUGUCUAUUCUAAUAAUUUCUGCCAAACUUUUUUGUUUUAUUUUUUUUUAAAUCAAUUUAAUUAUAUUUUAAUUGUUUUUUAUUAUUAUUAUAUUACGAUUUUAUUAUUAUUUUUAGGUUAAUUUUAAUUUUGCAACAUUUUUGUAAAUACACAAGUUUUCUAAAUGAAAUUCAUAUUUAUGACUUAAAGUUACACUUAGAGAAAGAAACAAAUGACUAAACUAUACACCAGACUCCAGUCUAGACCUUAAACUAGACACUACUCUAGCAUAAAGUAUAAACUAGAAUGUAGUCUAGAUUAUAGACCGGGUACUAGUCUAGAAUGUGAACAAGACUUUAGUCUGGCUAGACCGUAGAUAAACACUAGUUUAGAUCAUAGACUAGAUUCUAGUCUUGGCUAUAGACUAGAUUCUUUUCUAGAUUCUAGCCUAGACUCCAGACUAGAUUAUAUGCUAGACUCUAGUCGAGACUAUAUAUAGACUAGACUCUAGUCGAGACUAUAUAUAGACUAGUCUCUAGUCUAGACUAUAGACUAGA